AAAUAGGCAAGGAAUCGAUCGCUAAAGCAAUAGUGUUUCUCAACUUCUUCGGACAACUAGUCUCAAUACAGAUCGUUUGUGAAAAUGAAUACUAAAUUCUACUUGCCAUUUUUGCUUGCUGUGUGCAUUGUUGGAUUUGUGUCAGCGAAGCCACAAGCCGGCAAUUGUGGACCAAAUAACGUACUUUGUCUUUCCGAAUGCCAAGUAACGUGCGCUAGCCCCAAUCCUGCAGGAUUCAUUUGCGUAAUGCCAUGCGUUGCCGGCUGUGUGUGUCCACCUGGCUAUUUGUUGAAUGACCAAGAUAUAUGUGUCCUACCAGAGGAUUGUUGAAUGAUCCCAAAAUUAUAGAAAACAAAUGGGAAACUAUGUAAAUUCUAAUGUUAUGAAUAUUAAAAAAUAAAAAAACAUUAAUAAACAUAUUUAGCAACGUAUUAAAGCA